UGACUGCCGCCGCCUCCGCAGGGGAUUGCGUGCGCCAGACGGUCCGCAGCCAUGGCGUCCUGGGCCUGUACCGCGGCCUCAGCUCCCUGCUCUACGGUUCCAUCCCUAAGGCGGCCGUCAGGUUCGGCAUGUUCGAGUUCCUUAGCAACCACAUGCGCGACCCCCAGGGACGGCUGGACAGCACUCGCGGGCUGCUGUGCGGCCUGGGCGCCGGCGUGGCCGAGGCCGUGGUGGUCGUGUGCCCCAUGGAGACCAUCAAGGUGAAAUUCAUUCACGACCAGACCUCCCCCAACCCUAAGUACAAAGGGUUCUUCCAUGGGGUCAGGGAGAUCGUGCGGGAGCAAGGCCUCAAGGGCACGUAUCAGGGCCUCACGGCCACCGUCCUGAAGCAGGGCUCCAACCAGGCCAUCCGCUUCUUCGUCAUGACCUCCCUGCGCAACUGGUACCGAGGGGACAACCCCAACAAGCCCAUGAACCCACUAAUCACUGGGGUCUUCGGGGCCAUCGCGGGCGCCGCCAGUGUCUUCGGAAACACUCCGCUGGACGUGAUCAAGACCCGGAUGCAGGGCUUGGAGGCCCACAAAUACCGCAGCACCUGGGACUGUGGCCUACAAAUCCUGAGGAAGGAGGGGCUCAAGGCGUUCUACAAGGGGACCAUCCCCCGCCUGGGCCGGGUCUGCCUGGACGUGGCCAUUGUGUUCGUCAUCUACGAUGAGGUGGUGAAGCUGCUCAACAAAGUGUGGAAGACGGACUGAGCCCAUUGUUGCGGAGGGACCCCGGUGCCUCCAGUCCAGCCCCACAUGCCCCACGAUGCCAGUGCAGAAUGCCAAAAGGCCCCUCCCUGCGUCCUUUGAGCCCUGUGGCCU